GCGCAAGCGGUUCGGCCCACUCGGCUGGAACAUCCCGUACGCGUUCAACGACACGGACUACGACAUUUCGCGCGCGCAGCUCGAAUGUUUUUGGAUUUCUACGAAGUCGUGCCAUACCGCGUGCUCUGCGUCAUGACGUCGGUCGUCAACUAUGGCGGACGCGUCACGGACGACAAGGACAUGCGCACGAUUGACGUGAUCCUCGAAGGUUUCUUCAACGAGAAGAUCCUGCUGGACAAUUACGCCUUCUCGACCAGCGGCACGUACAAGUCGAUCCCGGUGUCGAACCCGCAAGCCCCGAGCGCGACACUCAACCACUACCUCUCGUACAUUGACGGUCUCCCGCUCAACCCGGACCCGGAAGUCUUUGGCAUGCACGAGAACGCCAACAUUACGUGCGCGAUCGCCGAGACCUUCAACAACUUUGAUAUUAUUCUGAGUCUCCAGCCGCGCAUGAGCUCCGGUGGCGGCCAAAGCCAAGAGAUGAUCAUCGAGCUUCAAGCAAAAGAGAUCGAGUCCAAGCUCCCGCCGCUUUUCGACAUUGAAUUUAUCAGCGUCCGGUACCCCGUCAUGUACGAGGAGUCGAUGAACACGGUCUUGGUCCAAGAAGCCCAGCGCUACAACAAUCUACUUUCCGUCAUGAAGACGUCGUUGCCGCUGCUUCAGCGCGCGCUGAAAGGACUCGUUGUCAUGUCGGCCGAACUCGAAACUAUGUCGACGUGCAUCUUCAACCAAAAGGUGCCACCUCUCUGGGAGCGCAAGGCGUAUCCGUCGCUCAAAGCACUCAAUCCCUGGGUCGAUGAGCUCCUUGAGCGGCUCAGGUUUGUCACCAACUGGGUCGCAGACGGCAUCCCGCCCGUGCUGUGGAUGUCGGGGUUUUUCUUUCCCCAAGGUUUCCUCACGGGCAUUCUGCAAAACCACGCGCGCGGCUUCAACAUCCCGAUCGACACGUUGUCGUGGGACUUUAUCAUGCACCCAGACCCCGUCGACACGAUCAUCGUCAAGCCCGUCGAAGGUGGUUGCUACACAUACGGGCUCUUCAUCGAAGGCGCUCGGUGGGACUACCAGCGCAAGUCGCUCGUGGACCCCAACCCGAAGGAGCUCUUUUCCAAGAUGCCGGUGAUUCACUUGAUGCCAAUUCGGAGCCGACAAGCGCCACAGAGUGGCAUUUACCGCUGCCCCGUGUACAAGAUUCUGACACGAACAGGAACCCUCUCGACAACGGGCCACUCGACCAACUUUGUCAUGUGGAUCGAGAUUCCGUCCGACAAGGACACGAUCUGGCGCAACUCGCUUGUCUCGGAGACCAACCUGCAGGUGCAAUUCGCCGACCAAGACUACUGGAUCAAGGCUGGCGUGGCGUGUUUCCUCUCGUUGCGCUAUUAAGAUCAUAUCCUAUUGUACAUACGACAACUCAUGUUGCGU